UCUCACUGAAAGGGAUUUCCAUUUUAAUCAUUUCCAAGUCCAAUCAGUAGUGAAAUAUGUGAUCAACUCGGUGGCGUUGCUGUUCCCUCCCUUCAGCCAGUGCGAAGACAAUGUCCGUGGUGAAUUUGACUAUGUCGCCUCUCAGGAAGCGCAACUGUUUUCUUGUAUUAAUCGGUAUUGUUUUUGUGCCGUUCUGUUUCUUCGUGCUGUUAUCAGUGCCAGAUAUGUCUUCGGAGGAUGCGCUGGUCCAACGAAUUGCAGAACUGCAAGUUAGGAUACAAUAUCUGGACUCGAUGUACAGAUCAAGACAGGAGGAUCUUCAACAACUGAGCCAACAUUUUGAUCAAUCGUUUAAUGCUGACAACACUUCCAAUCUACCCCAUCUUCAGGAUAUGAAACAAUUUUUAAAAAAUAUAUCGGGGUUACACGUAUCCAGUGGAUUAAAUCCAGGCGUAUCACUAAAAUUUCCAACUGCCUACCAGUUUCUUCCACAUCUUUUGGACGAUCCUACCAGUCUGAGGUUGUCAUAUUUGCUGUCAAAAAACCGAGACGGUGUAUCGUUGGUGCUCGGAAUACCGACGGUGAAGAGAGAGAAGUACAAUUAUCUUAUGGAUACUCUUCAAAGUCUUAUUGAUGGAUUAACAGAUGAAGAAAUCGACGAUAGCCUUAUAGUGAUUUUCAUAGCUGAGAUUGAAUUGGAAUACAUUGUUAAAGUUGCCAGCGAAGUGGAAAAAAAAUUUGCGGCCCAACUAGAAUCUGGAUUGAUCGAAAUCAUAGCACCUUCGCCAGGAUAUUACCCGAACUUCGAAAAACUUCCAUUAACGCUUGGGGAUUCCCCGGAACGAGUAAAAUGGCGAUCGAAACAGAAUUUAGAUUAUGUGUUUUUGAUGUCUUACUGCCAGACGAAAGGUACAUUUUACGUCCAAUUAGAGGAUGACAUUAUGGCCAAACCAGCCUAUAUGACAACAAUGAAAAAGUUCGCCUUAGAAAAAACGUCAAAAAAAGAACCAUGGAUCAUUUUGGAUUUUUGUCAGUUAGGUUUUAUCGGAAAAAUGUUUAGGAGUGCUGAACUUCCUUGGCUGAUCCAAUUUUUUCAAAUGUUUUUCAACGAUAAACCGGUUGAUUGGUUACUGGAUUACUUGAUUACCACGAAAGUUUGUAACUGGGAAAAACGAGAUAACUGCAAGACUGAUAAAGCAAAAGUAUGGAUUCAUUAUAAACCUUCACUAUUCCAACAUAUAGGGGAACAUUCUUCUCUAAAAGGAAAAGUUCAAAAACUAAAGGAUAAGCAAUUCGGAAAAGUUGCACUGUACUUUCCCCAUAAGAAUCCAGAAGCUGAAAUUACUUCUGGAAUAAAACAUUAUAAACAAUACUCGCUGAAGAGGGCAUACUUGGGAGAAACUUUCUUCUGGGGAUUGCUGCCUCAACCUGGCGACCAACUAGUUUUUAAAUUUGCAUCGCCUAUAGUCAUUAAAAAGUUCCUUUUUCGUAGUGGAAAUGCUGAACAUCCAACAGAUAAAUUUUACAAUACAACAGUAGAAGUCCAACCCAAAAAUUCCUUUUAUCAAAAUUCAAAUGUUGUAAAUAUAACGCAAGAUGGUUUUAUUGUAAUUGGUAAAUUUGAUAGUGCUGGCGUGGCGUCGGGUAGCCCAGACGAGAAUAUUGGAAAAGUAAAUGUUCUUCGGCUGAAUGUUCACAGUGAAAGUGAUAAUUGGGCAAUUUUAAGUGAGAUACACAUUCAAGACAAAUUAAGCAGAAGGUGACAAACAGACAAAUUUCAUACGUCAUAUUCUACGUUUUUGUACCAACAUGUACCAAGACGGAUUUAAAAGUAGCGCUCAUGCGCAUCAUCUGUGAUAUUUUUUUAUUGUUGAACGGAUUCUACAACGACAUCGAAGUGACGAUGGACUGAUUUAAGAAGUAUUUAUACAGGGUCUCUUUUUUGUUAUGAUAUGUUAAUUUAUAUUUUGUAUACCGCUUUGGCUAUUCAAAAUUUUCCGUGAUAGAAGAUUCCCAACAAGAGAAAUAUGAAAAAUCAAUGUAUAAUUACGAAAAAAGGAGCGAUUUAUUUUGAACACAUCCUUGAUGAAGCAUUUUUUGUACAAUAUUAAGCUUUUUACUAAACCAACCAAUGUGCAAACUAGUCAGUUGAUAUAUUAAAUAUAUUGCACAUAAAAACUAUCUACUAAAAACAUUGUUAUCCUAUAAAAUAUAACAGUAAAAAAGAUUAAGAAGGUUGUAUGAUUAAAUUUCGAAAAAAUAAGCGACCAAGAGCAAGAUGUAUGGAUGGAGUCGAAGUAGAUCUGAAGAUAUGAGUCAAAACGAAGGAGGACGUAGUCAGAAAUCGGGAAAAGAUAGUAAAAUUUCAUAGUAGGCCAAUAUUGACAUAGGAUUGUCGAGCCAAAGACCACAAUGGUUAAAUAUGAAAACUAUAAUAUAUUUUUUAUGUAAUUUUUAUUUAUUUUUGAAUUUUUAACUAUUUUUUUUUUAUUUUCAUGGACAGCUUCUGUACCCAACGAACAUUUUGGUAUGGCAAGUUAAUAGAUCUUUCACAUACAA